UCGGUUUGUCCAUGUCGUGUGUAUCCAAUCAUCGUUGCAUUGUUGCAUUGAGGAAUGCCUCCGAGAAGAACAAGUUGUCAGUCGUCAUUAGGCAGCCGCGACGAGGACCCGAAAGAUCUGAUCCGCAAGUGUCUGGUGGUGGACCCCAGCAAGCGUAUCACCGUGAUAGAGGCCUUGAAGCACCCGUUCUUCAACACAGUACUUUUCGAACAAGACAUUGGCCCGUUGAAGCGCAGCCUGUCGGCCAAAUCGCGACGUUUGAGUCGUAUCGCCGAUCUGGCACUGAGCACUACGGAAAAAUUACGUAAACAAAGUCAGUUUAACGCUAGGAAAAAGUUCCAAUUUGCUAUCCUAUGUAUUAGAGCAAUGGUUAGAAUAAAGAGGCUACGGUACACGCCGGAACCGUUGCGGGCCGAGGACGCACUCAGAGACCCCUACCGCAUCAAGGUGCUGCGAAAG